GAUUCUUCUACCGCGGCAAGUAUAAACAUGCACAUGAUCCGGUAAUGUGGAAGCGUAUGAAAGUUUCUCCACAAUAACUGAUGACAGAUGGUUCGAAUUAUCAGUGAAAUGUGACAGGUAUCAGAUCAACAAAGUGAGAUCAACUGCAGUUUAUAAUUCUGAUUUACUGAACACAAGAAGUGUAUUCUGAAGACUAAACAAGACGAGCAUGGCAUCAGGGAGAGUAGAUUUGGAUUCUAAUGAGUUGUGUUUGAUUGACUCUGGAGUACACGACAUCCGAGAUGUACCCCUUCGUCCCCAUCUCCUGGUGCUGAACUUACACAGCAACUACAUACAACAGAUCCACAAUCUCUCCCGGCUGCAGCAACUGAGACACCUGGACUUGUCGUCCAAUCAGAUCACCAGGAUCCAGGGUUUAGAAGGCCUUGUGUCUCUCAGGACGCUCAACCUCUCCUGCAACCUUAUCGCAGAAGUCAGUGGAUUAUCUCCCCUUAGGUCUCUUGUCAAAAUAAACUUGAGCUACAACCAGAUCGGGAGUGUGGAAGGUUUCAGCCAACUUUCUGGUCCCGGGUAUAAGCUGUCCCAUAUUGAACUCCAUGGCAACAAGCUGCGGUCUCUGCCACAUGUAACACAGGCUCUGAUUGGCUGCUUCAAUCUCCGACACCUGGUGUUGUAUCAGGAUGGGUCGGGCAAUCCAGUGUGCCAUCAGCCAGGUUAUCCGUCAGAGGUAUUCAGUGCACUUCCCCAGGUGAAAUGUCUGGACGGCAAGGACAGGCUCGGACAAUCAGCGGACGUGACAGAGGUCCUCAACGAUAUCCCAGGUUUAGAAGACUACAUGGAGUAUCUGAUUUCUUCAAGCAGCUCUGAUCCGCAGCUGGCUGACGUUAUCACGCCUAAGAUUGACCAGGCACUCGCUGUAUUCAGACAGCGCCUCCUGGUGUCAGGAGAGAUUAGCACAACUGUCUCUUCAACUGACAUAGAACAGAGCCCUGUGGGUGUCAAGGAUGGAGUUCGUGACCAGGAAUCGCGGAUUCAGCAGCUGGAGGGACAACUGGCUCAGCUCCUGAACAAACAACAGAAAUCCCCAUCCUGUGAAAGUCAAUCUGCAGAGAAAACGUCACUUCUAAACAAGGGGGAGACAACUGGCAGAACCAGUUUGCAGGCAACAAAAGAUGCUGAUGAAACUGGGGAUAGCAGUUCCGAUGUUCUCAGUAACACAAAGGGGAAAAAGACAGGACGAAAGGGAAAGAAAACAAAAGUUACGACAGGUACAAAAACUACCAACUCAUCUCGGGUCAGAUCUGAAGAGCAUCAAGCCGGGAAGAUAUCAAGCAGCACACAAGAUGGUGAUGAGGGAAGUGGUGGAGCUGAAGGUCAACUGAAGGUCAAGGCUGGUUCUGAGAAGAGAUACCGAGAGGACAUCAAGACUACCUACCUGCUCCCUUGGAAGUAUCCACCCAAAGUUGUCACAGAGGUGUGA